AAAAACACUAAAGGGGUAGCUAUGGAGAUGGAGCGUUUUCCUGGCUGCUUUCUUUGACAGGUGUUGAGUGGGGCAAAAGUCUUAAAACAGAAUUCAGCAUGUACGCCAAAGGUAAAGGAGCUGUCGUCCCUUCCGAUAGCCAAGCGAGAGAAAAGUUAGCUUUAUACGUCUAUGAGUAUUUACUGCAUGUUGGCGCACAGAAAUCCGCACAGACCUUCCUGUCAGAGAUCCGAUGGGAGAAGAAUAUCACACUUGGGGAACCGCCAGGAUUUUUACAUUCAUGGUGGUGUGUAUUCUGGGAUCUGUACUGCGCCGCCCCGGACCGGAGGGAGACAUGCGAACAUUCCAGCGAGGCCAAGGCUUUCCAUGACUAUAGUGCAGCCGCUGCUCCCAGUCCAGUGAUGGGUAACAUGCCACCCAAUGACGGCAUGCCAGGAGGACCCAUGCCCCCUGGCUUCUUUCAAGGUCCUCCAGGAUCUCAGCCUUCUCCUCACACACAGCCCCCACCACACAACCCCAGCAAUCCCAUGAUGGGACCCCAUGGACAGCCCUUCAUGUCUCCACGGUACCCAGGAGGCCCCAGACCUUCCCUCCGAAUGCCAAACCAGCCUCCCGGGAGCAUCCCGGGCUCUCAGCCCCUCCUUCCAAACAGUCUGGAUCCCACUAGACCUCAAGGACAUCCAAACAUGGGAGGUCCGAUGAGAAUGAACCCCCCACGAGGAAUGGGAGGCAUGGGCCCACAGAACUACGGCGGAGGGAUGAGGCCUCCUCCGAACUCCAUGGGGCCGGGGAUGCCAGGGAUGAACAUGGGCCCUAGUGGAAGAGGUCCAUGGCCGAAUCCCAACAAUAAUUCGAUAGCUUAUUCAUCCUCAUCUCCAGGAAACUAUGUGGGUCCCCCAGGUGGAGGUGGACCACCGGGAACUCCAAUCAUGCCCAGUCCUGGAGAUUCCACAAAUUCAAGCGAAAACAUCUACACAAUGAUGAACCCCAUUGGUCCAGGUGGAAACAGACCGAAUUUCCCAAUGGGACCAGGUCCGGAUGGACCAAUGGGAGGAAUGGGAGCAAUGGAGCAGCAUCAUAUGAACGGAUCACUAGGCUCUGGGGACAUGGAUGGGUUGCCAAAGAAUUCGCCUAACAAUAUGGCAGGCAUGAACAAUCCUCCCGGCACUCCACGGGAUGACGGCGAGAUGGCAGGCAACUUUUUAAACCCAUUCCAAAGUGAAAGUUAUUCACCCAACAUGACGAUGAGUGUGUGAUUUUUUUUUUUUUAAUCUUUCAUUUUACCUCUUCAUCUCCCUUUAUUUGAAUCCCUUCCUCCCCGACCACCAUGGUGUGUCUUGCGUUGCCCUCUUCCUCCUCCUCUUCCUUCCUUCCCUUCCUCCUCAUCCUCCUCUUCGUGGAUGGCUUGUGGUGCCACACAGCCCCUGGGGAUUCCCCUGGAAAGCAGGACUUCCCUUCGAGCCCCACAUCCCACUGCCUGUAAAAUGGGUGUGAGAGCGUGAAAGGGUCUCUAAACAGCAGGAAGGACCUUCUGCUCCAUCAAGAGCCUGCCUCUCCUUCAGCAAGAACCUUCUCAUGUAGGCCCCCCCAGGAUUGCGCUCUUCAUUUAGCUCUUUCCCACCCGGACGCCGCCAUCAGAUCAUGAACACGGAGGACUUUGCAGCUGUUGACUCACGUGGGACUUUUCAAAAACUCUCCUCUUGUGGCAGGCGUUUCAAAAGAAUGAACUGAUAAUGCUAUUUUAGGACAACUUUCAUUUAAUAUUUGUUUUGUUUUUGUGGGUGAUAAUAAUCUUAUUUUAAUACUUGCGAUUAUCCAGCUAAUGUAGGUAUGAAUUUUCCUUUCAAAGGGCACAUUGUAUCUUUGCAGCAGCAUCAAUGACGACAGAAGAAGCACACACCUGAGAAAUGCACAAUGACUUUCUGUUUACAUGAUUUGAGGCCGUUUGUUGUUUGUGUUUUUGUCUCAUUGCGUGGAUUUCCAUCAAACUGCGUUUCAAGGUGCAACUGACCUCCCAGCUAUUCUUCAUUGACAGAGAAGCAGCUACUUAACCACAUCAGCGUCAUGUAAUGGUGAUGUUGUUAAAAGAAAAUGUCUAUUUGUUCUGCUAUAGGUUGUCUGCAGAUGCACAUUGGAUGAUCAGCUGUUUAUCUGUCUUGUCUUAGAAAAAAUCCCCUCAUUUAUCUGUUUCACUUGCUACACAGUAGCUCAGUCGGGAUACUCUGACGGUCCUCACAGGAACUGCUCUCGGUAACUCAGUUUGUGAAUCUUAGAUUUCCCCUCAUCUGUAAAUAAUAGGUUUGGCUUGUGUUGUUCUUGUGUUCUUGUUAUUUACGAGUUGUCAGUGAAUCGUCCAACUUGGUUACAUUUUCUUUUUCUCUCUUCUGGACUUCCUGUGUGGUAAAGUUUCCAUCUGGGAUUCACUCAAAGAUCUGGACAGUGUCACAUUUUUGGUCCGGUGAAUCAUUUUAAACCUUGUGAUACUCUCACAAAACUUAACUUGCUUUCAAUUAUCAGGUGUAAGAUUCUCAGGGUGUGAUAAAAUCCUAAGGUAUCAAGAUGUUAACACCUAAAAAAAAUCUAAGCAAAACUGUUUAAAAUAAAGAAAAACAAAACAGUUACUACCCCGCCUCUCGCCCGGAACGUUAGCUGGAGAUAGGCACCAGCACCUCCUGACCCCACUAGGCACAAGGGUGUAAGAAAAUGGAUGGAUGGAUGGACAACAGUUACUCCCAUUUAAGCUAAAAUGCUACAGCAUUUAAAUAUUGUUACUUUGAUUUGCUUUAGGCAAAAAUAUGGAAUAAACUGGGUUUAAUU